AUGAGUGCUCGAAGUCGGAAGCUAGCCGCAAAGAAGAAGAAGAACCCGGCGCCAAAGAGCCCCUUGCGCUGCGGCUGCUGCGGGGGCAAGGAAGACAAGGAGGGGAAGUGUGGCUGCACGGUCGAGCCGCGAGUGAAUCCAAAGCACGCCGCCGACAUCUACGAGCGACAGCUGCGCUGGAAAAACGCCAACGACGUCAGACACUGUCAGCAGAAGCAGCUGCAGGAGACGCUGGCGAUGACCGAGUGCACCUUUCGGAACCCGUACUACCAGAAGGCGUGGAAUACCAUCGGCGAUCCAGUGGCUCGGCUCGGCAAGAAGGAAGGCGGUAAAGAGGACAGCGCGGCGUUCUUCAGGAGGACCAUGCGGUGGGCGGACAAGCGCGACCGGGAGGUGGCUCGGGAGAAGAAGGCCGUCCAGGAGCGGCAGCUGGAGGAGUGCACCUUCAAGCCGCGGCUGACGGCGCGAACGCCCAAGUACCUGGCGGCCAGACGCCGCGAGUCAAAUCAGCAGCAGCACGAGGCCUUAGCAGCCCCCAGCAGCAGCUGCGCAUCGCGGUUUCUCGACUGCUCGACGCACUCGUCGCCCGAGCGACGAGACUCGGCCACGGAGGAGCUCCUCUCGCAGCUGUACAGCGCGCUGGACCUGCAGGCGCUGGCGGGCGAGCUCUCGCCCGAGCACAACUCCAUCGGGUCCGACGACAACGGCGCGCACGGCUUCCCCAAGUACACCUUCACGGACUUGGGCGAGUUCGCAGGACGCUGA